AUGGGCCCACGAGCCUCGCCGUCGGACUCUUCUCGCAGGGUAAUCUCUCUGCGCCUGCGGCGUGAUAUCGAUGAACCUGUCUGUGCUGGCGGCGCCAGAGGAUCCCGUCGCGAGGAUGCAAAUCCUUCGCGUGGCACGAGGAAAUUUGGCAGCCCGUGUCUUCCCAUUCGGGUGCGCCUUGGUCUCCACGUCAGAACCCUCUUGUUGGUCUCCAUCAUCUCCACCACUGACCACCACAGCGAAAUGCAGGGCGUUAUCGGCACCAGUGAGCUUCAUGGCGAGCCUCGCAGCAUCGCCUCGAAGCCCGGCGGUCCACCACCUCGACUUCCUCCAUUCUCCGCCUCGUCACUUUGCCCAGGCUACUGCUUCGGCUAA